CGUGACGGUUGGACGCGGGCGCGGCACUGCGGGUCCCGAUUGCUGCAGCCGCUUGUCAGUGUGAUGAAGAUUGGCACCCAGGCUGCAGAAGCCGGCCUCGCCAGCCUGCUGCGUCUCGGGACCUGCGGCUACGCUCCUCCGGGUGCUCAGGCACCCUCCGCUUUCGGCUCAAGAUGAUCUGAGGACCCCAGGGAAAGCUGAGAACCAUGAUGGCCACGCAGACCCUGAGCAUAGACAGCUAUCAGGAUGGGCAGCAGAUGCAAGUAGUCACAGAGUUAAAAACAGAGCAAGACCCGGCCUGCUCUGAACCUGACGCGGAAGGAGUGCGUCCCCCUGCUGCGGAGGCUCCGGCCCCGAUGGACGCGGACAAGCAGGCCAUUUACAGGCACCCGCUGUUUCCGUUGUUAGCGCUGUUGCUGGAGAAGUGCGAGCAGUCCACGCAGGGCUCGGAAGGCACCACGUCGGCCAGCUUCGACGUGGACAUCGAGAACUUCGUCCGGAAGCAAGAGAAGGAAGGGAAGCCCUUCUUCUGCGAGGACCCCGAGACGGACAGCCUAAUGGUGAAAGCAAUCCAGGUCCUGCGCAUCCAUCUUCUGGAGCUGGAGAAAGUGAACGAGCUGUGCAAAGACUUCUGCAGCCGCUACAUCGCUUGUCUGAAGACCAAGAUGAACAGUGAGACACUGCUGAGCGGGGAGCCUGGGAGCCCGUACUCCCCCGUGCAGUCCCAGCAGAUUCAGAGUGCCAUCACGGGCACGCUCAGCCCUCAAGGAAUCGUGGUGCCCGCGUCUGCCCUGCAGCAGGGCAACGUCACCAUGGCAGCGGUGGCAGGCGGCACGGUCUAUCAGCCGGUCACCGUCGUCACUCCGCAGGGCCAGGUGGUCACCCAGGCAUUGUCGCCCGGAACCAUUAGGAUCCAGAACUCACAGCUUCAGCUGCAGCUGAACCAGGACCUCAGCAUCUUGCAUCAAGAUGACGGCUCCUCCAAGAGCAAGCGUGGCGUCCUGCCCAAGCACGCCACCAGCGUGAUGCGCUCCUGGCUCUUCCAGCACAUCGGGCAUCCCUACCCGACAGAAGACGAGAAGAAACAGAUUGCUGCUCAGACGAACUUGACACUACUCCAGGUUAACAACUGGUUCAUCAACGCUCGAAGACGGAUUCUUCAGCCAAUGUUGGAUUCCAGUUGCUCAGAGACCCCAAAAACAAAGAAAAAAACAGCUCAGAACAGGCCGGUUCAGAGGUUCUGGCCGGACUCCAUUGCAUCAGGAGUCGCACAGCCUCCGCCAAGUGAGCUCACCAUGCCAGAAGGAGCUGUCGUGACCAUCACCACGCCCGUGAACGUGGACAGCCUGCAGUCCCUGUCCUCGGCCGGGGCCACGCUCGCCGUGCAGCAGGUCAUGAUGGCGGGGCAGAGCGAGGACGAGUCGGCCGACAGCACAGAGGAUGACGGGGGCGCGCUGGCCCCCGCGCACAUCGGGGGGCUGGUGCUGGAGAACAGCGACUCCCUGCAGUAGGUGGGGCCUCGGCCACGAGCGGACGUUCUGGAGUUUGCACAGCAAACGUUUUACACAGUUUUAUUUCUAAUAUGUUUUAUAUGUAGAUAUAGAAGUGCACUUUUGUAUUUCCUAGUAAGCUUCCGGAGCGUCUUCACCAGUGCAGCGACUUCCUCUGAGUGUGUGUGCGCGUGGGUUUUUAAAGUGAACGCUAGAGACGUGGCGAGUGAGCCCCUGCCUAGAUUAAGGAGCAGCGCGCCGUUCUCUGAUCUGAACAGCACCGCCUGCUCGGGGCCCGCGGGUUUGCGGGAAGCUCCGCGGCCGAUGUGCCCGCGAGAGCUGCCGGCCGCACCAGCGCAGACCGCGCAUGACCCCGGAGGGCGCGGACGGCGGUUCCACCGAGCCCAGCUCUCCCGUCUUCCGUGAGCCUGUUUCAUUUGCUAUAUAUACUGAAAAAGAAGCUCCUAUUUUUACCUUGCUGGAAUUAUUGGAUAAAAAGCUAUUUUUAUAAAUUCAUUAUGAAUUGGAUUAUGACUGUAUUGAGGAUAAAAAUUUCUAGAGGAGACACAGUACCUGCUUCCCGCCCACCUUGCGCCAUGUCCCCGCCCCGCCCGCUCCGUGAUUGGCUUUCCACUCGCAGAGAGACAGCUGUCAGUCAGAUUGGAGUCUCUGCUGUGCGCCCCUUUGUGCUGCUCAGAUCGUGUGUGUGAAGGUUUGAUGAGGGGACGCCGGGGAAGCGAGGGGCCACGCAGCCCGUGAUGAGCCACAGCUCCCCCCACGGUAACUGAGUGUCGUUUUAGGAUGGUUUUUUAGUCCAGAUAUGUUCUGCACAGGAUGUUUAUUGUGGACUCUGCACACAGAGCAGGUGCUCUGUCCAGCUGGCUCAGAGCUGGGCGGAGGGCGGCAGCCAUUCCCGCACCAGCAGCCGACAUGCGGUGGCUCAGGGUGCACUGGGCGCAGCCGUGGGCCCUCCUGGUGUUGAAGGCUGUGGCUUCAGAGCCCCGUGGAGCCGGGACAGAGACCAGCCCUGAGAGGCUCAGGGCUGCGCCUAGGAAGGCGAGAACCAGGCGCGUACUGGGUGCCUCUGUGUGUCCUCACCGGGUGCCCGUCACGGGGUGAGGGGACGGGGUUGUCCUCCGGGACACAGCGCCGGUGAGGGGUUGUGGACCAACGCUUGGUGGAGGGACAUUUUUAACUAGUGCAGAUAUUUUUUUCUGGAACUGACUUUUCCCCCAGAGGAAUGCGUGUACUUGGUGUGAAUCGUAGGGGGAUUCUCCCUGAUGAACCCAGAGCCGCAGGAGACGCAGAGCUGCGGCCAGGCUGCGGGAGCUGCCCCAGAGCAGAGCUCAGUGGUCAGCUCCCGUCAGGAGAAAACGCAUUUCUUAGGCGGCCAUUGGGUUUGUUAUUUAUAAAUAGGUUUUAACAUUUUACGUCAGGUCUACACAAACCGGAAAGAUCACUUUAACUUUAUCCCACACAUCUUUCUUGGACUUUCUGGGACUUCUUGCUUCUCCAUCUGUCCCUCCACACGUGUCUUGGCGCAGUCACAGAUGGUGGCCCCCGCCGAGCGGGCCCUCGCGUGUGGGCUGCCGAGUUCUCUGCUGACGACAGCCCUCUGAGGUCCACGGUGAGAUCAGGGCAGGGCGGGGCUCAGGAGAAGGCCCUGUGUCCACGGUGAGACCAGGACAGGGCGGGGCUCAGGAGGAGGCCCUGUGUCCACGGUGAGACCAGGGCAGGGCGGGGCUCAGGAGGAGGCCCUGUGUCCACGGUGAGACCAGGACAGGGCGGGGCUCAGGAGGAGGCCCUGUGUCCACGGUGAGACCAGGACAGGGCGGGGCUCAGGAGGAGGCCCUGUGUCCACGGUGAGACCAGGGCAGGGCGGGGCUCAGGAGGAGGCCCUGUGUCCACGGUGAGACCAGGACAGGGCGGGGCUCAGGAGGAGGCCCUGUGUCCACGGUGAGACCAGGGCAGGGCGGGGCUCAGGAGGAGGCCCUGUGCCGCGGCCUGGGCUCCUUCCCCUCGCCGCACAUAACCACAGUGCUUUCAAGCAGCUCCGUCCUGGCUGCCGACAGUGCGCCGAGCACACGGCUGUUGCGCGGCGACCAGCACAGUGGGGGACCCUGUGGCCUCUGUCCCCUCCAGCCCAGCUGUGUCCUUGUCGAGGUCUUUCCUUAGGAAGGCCCGGAGUCGGCACGUGGCUCCAGCAGGUGCCAGCCGGGGCUGACUCGGCUUUCCACGUGACUGCACGGUGAGGGACGGACAGGUGUCAGCCCGGAAGGCCCAGGGCCCUGACCUCCGAGGCUUCCGGGCUCCCUUCUGUGUGACAGACCCCAGGGGACCCCGCAGGCCUCCGCCGCGCCGUGAAGCCCCGCCCCCUCCCGGGCCUUAGGGACGGUUACGUCAGCAGUCUUCCUUUGCUUCAGUUCUGUUCGGUCUUUGAAACUGACAAUCUUUAAAAUGUGAAUACUGUAACGAUACGUUUCUUGGAUUGUUGUCUUUAAGAGGAUUUUUGUGAAGCAAUUGAUCUAUCAAAUCAAAAAAAUUAAAAACAGAAACAAGCCUUA